UACACAUGACAUGAUAGACUAUUAAUUUAUGGCACACAUUGGUUACAUGCAUAUCCAGUUGAAGCAAAGUGAGUCUGAACGAAGGAACGAGGUUAGCCUUUUUGUGAGUUUGGCUGAGGACGAAGCCGCACGAACACAUGCCAUAUAUGCGCGCCCUCGUCGCUGCUGAGUCGACCCACCACGGUCCCUCGUCCUACUGGUCGGUUAUGAUUAAACUCCGAGCGAAUGCAGCCUUGUCCCGGGCCCGCAUUCCCCGCUGUGACAGUGAGCCACGAGCAUGCCAGUGCCCCGGACGCCCUCUUCCAGCCUGAUACAGACCCGCACAAGUUCAGGAUGUAUUUCAACCGGCGAUCGAAGAUCCACAGCGAGGGUGCCUCAACUUUCUCCCAUCAAUCGAACCGUGCAGGACCCUCUUGCUCAUCCGCCGGCUACCGCAAGGCAGAUGAUGAGAUGUCCGGGACUACUUCUCAGGCGGAUCCCACAGAUGCCACGGCGCGGACGAUUCUGCUCAACCAACCUCAGAACACCAAGUUCUGUGAUAACCAUGUCAGUACCACUAAGUACGGGGUGCUCACCUUCUUGCCUCGUUUCCUGUACGAGCAGAUCCGCCGGGCCGCCAACGCCUUCUUCCUCUUCAUCGCCCUGAUGCAGCAAAUCCCUGAUGUGUCUCCUACGGGUCGUUACACCACUCUGGUACCACUCAUCUUCAUCCUCACUGUGGCCGGGAUCAAAGAGAUCAUAGAGGACUAUCAAAGACACAAGGCAGACAACACAGUCAACAAGAAAAAGACCACAGUUCUGAGGAAUGGAGCCUGGCAGACCAUCAUAUGGAAACAGGUGGCAGUAGGAGACAUAGUGAAGGUGACCAAUGGGCAGCAUCUUCCAGCUGACAUGGUCAUAGUGUCCUCCAGUGAGCCUCAGGCCAUGUGUUAUACUGAGACCUCCAACCUGGACGGAGAAACCAACCUGAAGAUCAGACAGGGUCUCCCUCUCACAGCUGGUCUCCAGUCUCUGGAGGAGCUGAUGGGUCUCUCUGGCCGUCUGGAGUGUGAAGAGCCCAACAGACACCUGUAUGACUUCACUGGGACUCUACGCCUGGACAACCAAAAUGCGGUUCCUCUGGGUCCUGACCAGGUGCUGCUGCGAGGUGCCCAGCUCAGGAACACACAAUGGGUUGUGGGUAUUAUAGUCUACACUGGACAUGACUCCAAACUGAUGCAGAACUCGACCAAGGCCCCUCUGAAGCGUUCUAACGUGGAGCGGGUGACCAACGUCCAGAUCCUGGUGCUGUUCUGCAUCCUCCUGGUGAUGGCGCUAGUGAGCUCUAUAGGAGCCUCCAUCUGGAACAAACAACAUACUGAGGAGGCCUGCUGGUACCUGUCACGCGCUGGUGACAUCUCCACUAACUUCUGGUAUAACCUGCUGACCUUCAUCAUCCUCUACAACAACCUCAUCCCCAUCAGCCUGCUGGUCACUCUGGAGGUGGUCAAGUUCACACAGGCACUCUUCAUCAACUGGGAUGUGGAGAUGUACUACGCGGAGACAGACACACCCGCCAUGGCUCGAACAUCCAACCUCAACGAAGAACUGGGCCAGGUGAAGUAUCUGUUUUCUGAUAAGACAGGAACUCUCACCUGUAACGUCAUGCAUUUCAAGAAGUGUACCAUCGCUGGAAUCACAUACGGCCACUUCCCUGACCUAGAUGUUGAUCGUUCCAUGGAGGACUUCAGUCCCCUGCCGUCCAGCAGUCUUAACUCCACAGAGUUUGAUGACCCCACUCUCCUCCAGAACAUUGAGAAGAGCCAUCCGACCUCUGCUCAGAUCUGUGAGUUCCUGACGAUGAUGGCGGUGUGUCACACCGUGGUUCCAGAGAGAGAGGCGGACCAGCUUAUUUACCAGGCCUCCUCGCCAGAUGAAGGAGCUCUGGUGAAAGGAGCCAAAGGUCUGGGCUUCGUUUUCACAGCAAGGACUCCUGGCUCAGUUAUCAUGGAAGCUAGGGGGAAGGAAAAGAGCUUUGAGCUGCUGAAUGUGCUGGAGUUUUCAAGUAACCGUAAGCGCAUGUCUGUAGUGGUCCGAACCCCCGAUGGGAAACUGCGUCUGUACUGCAAGGGAGCAGAUAAUGUGAUCUUUGAGCGUCUCACUGAUGCGUCUCAGUACAAAGAGUUGACCAUGGCACAUCUGGAACAGUUCGCCACCGAGGGUCUGCGGACUCUGUGUUUCACCUAUGUUGAUCUGGAGGAGGGGUUAUAUCGGGAGUGGCUGAAGGAGUACACUCGGAUUAGCACUAUCAUUAAAGACCGGGCCCAGAAACUAGAGGACUGCUAUGAACUGCUGGAGAAGGAUCUGUUGUUGUUGGGGGCCACAGCUAUAGAGGACCGUCUCCAGGCAGGGGUCCCUGAGACCAUCGCUACUCUGAUGAAGGCCGACAUCAAGAUCUGGGUCCUCACCGGAGACAAACAGGAGACCGCCAUCAACAUAGGCUACUCCUGUCGUCUGGUGACCCACGGCAUGUCCCUCCUCAUCGUCAACGAGGACUCACUGGAUGCAACACGGGCCACCCUGACAGCUCACUGUACGUCUCUGGGUGACUCUCUGGGGAAGGAGAAUGAGUUGGCUCUGAUCAUCGAUGGACAGACCCUGAAAUACGCCCUGUCCUUCGAGCUCCGCCAAGCCUUCCUAGACCUCGCCCUGUCCUGCAAGGCCGUCAUCUGCUGCAGGGUGUCUCCCCUCCAGAAGUCUGAGAUAGUGGACAUGGUGAAGAAGCAUGUGAAGGCCAUCACUCUGGCCAUAGGAGACGGGGCCAACGACGUAGGCAUGAUCCAGACUGCCCAUGUGGGGGUUGGCAUCAGUGGCAACGAGGGCAUGCAGGCCACCAACUCCUCUGACUACUCCAUCGCACAGUUUUCCUACCUAGAGAAGUUGUUGCUGGUCCAUGGGGCGUGGAGUUAUAACCGUGUCACUAAGUGUAUUCUCUACUGUUUCUAUAAGAAUGUGGUUCUCUACAUCAUAGAGCUGUGGUUUGCCUUUGUGAACGGCUUUUCUGGACAGAUCCUGUUUGAACGCUGGUGUAUAGGCCUCUACAAUGUGAUCUUCACAGCGCUGCCUCCCUUCACUCUGGGUAUCUUUGACCGGCCGUGCAGUCAGCAGAACAUGCUCCGCUUCCCCCAGCUAUACAGGAUCACCCAGAACGCUGAGGGCUUCAACACCAAGGUGUUUUGGGGUCACUGUAUAAAUGCUCUGAUCCAUUCCAUUAUUCUCUUCUGGUUUCCACUCAAAGUUCUAGAACAUGACAGUCCUUUCAACAACGGUCAUGGUACUGACUACCUGUUUGUGGGGAACAUGGUGUACACGUAUGUGGUAGUAACAGUGUGUUUGAAAGCUGGUAUGGAAACCACUGCCUGGACCAGGUUCUCCCACCUGGCGGUGUGGGGCAGUAUGAUUCUCUGGGGGCUCUUCUUCACGGUCUACUCUACUUUCUGGCCGUCCAUCCCCAUCGCUCCUGACAUGCAAGGCCAGGCUGACAGGGUGAUGCACUGCUGGCACUUCUGGCUGGGGCUGGUCCUGGUGCCAACAGCCUGUCUACUCAAAGACUUUGCCUGGAACGCGGGGCGUCGCACUGUGAAGAAGUCUCUUCUGGAAGAGGUCCAGGAGCUGGAGGCCAGGGCUGUUGACCCGGGGGCCGCUGUGCUCAGAGACGCCAGCGGACGCAGUCUGAACGAGCGUGCCCACCUGUUGACCCGGGUUUUUAGGAAAACACCGUCCAAUGUGGGGUGCAAAAACUCUGUGCAACAGAGCAACGUGUCCCAUGGCUAUGCCUUCUCCCAGGAGGAACAUGGGGUGGUGUCUCAGUCCCAGGUGUGUCGAUCCUACGACACGACCCGCCAACGGCCCAGUAUCUAGCCCCCCCCCCACCGUCCCGCCCUUGGCCCACCUGGCUACGGGGAUCUUGGCAACGUUUUCCCAGGCAGCAGCGGAGACAGACUGAUGCUGAGGCAUCACCCCUGCUGUGGCCUUAUUGGAACUUAUACUGACUUUGACCUGGGACCUUGACCCCUGGAGGCCGUUGCUCGGCAUGGAACACUGACUAAAGGGAAGGGACCAGACCCGUCUGUACUGUCCAAACUGGUCUCCGCUCUUGCUUACACACACACACACACACACACACACACACACACACACACACACACACACACACACACACACACACACACACACACACACACACACACACACACACGCAGACACACAGGCACGAGUAAUCACAGCCACACAAACAGACAUAAUAGAUCAACCACAGAGACUGUAAUGUGUAUCUAAUUAUAGCAUGGACUGGGUUUAGUUUACACAUCAGUGCGUCUUUGUCCGUUUGUAUGUCUGCACUUGUCUGUGCUACUGUAUGUAUCUGCCCUCGUGUGUGUGUGUGUGUGUGUGUGUGUGUGUGUGUGUGUGUGUGUGUGUGUGUGUGUGUGUGUGUGUGUGUGUGUGUGUGUGUGUGUGUGUGUGUGUGUGGCCACACUCCCUCUCAUCUCGCUCUCUUGAGCCGGGGUUUAGCUCGUCCGUCAUCACCGUGACGAUGGGAGACGGGGAAGGAAGGAAGGAGGAGGAGCACUUUGAAAUAUAGACUGAACAUAUACUGGCCCAGGAGGAAUUCCUCUCUGAGAGCUGAAGAGAAGAGAGCCCCACUGCCCCACUGCCAAAGAUCACAGAGAUGCCACUGAGGGGGAACCCCCACCCAUACUGACCACUACUCUACAAGGACCCCCACCCAUACUGACCACUACUCUACAAGGACCCCCACCCAUACUGAUCACUACUCUACAAGGACCCCCACCCAUACUGAUCACUACUCUACAAGGACCCCCACCCAUACUGACCACAACUCUACAAGGACCCCCACCCAUACUGAUCACUACUCUACAAGGACCCCCACCCAUACUGACCUCUACUCUACAAGGACCCCCCCCCAUACUGACCACUACUCUACAAGGACCCCCACCCAUACUGACCACAACUCUACAAGGACCCCCACCCCCAUACUGACCACUACUCUACAAGGACCCCCCACCCAUACUGACCACUACUCUACAAGGACCCCCCCCCCCCCCCAUACUGACCACUACUCUACAAGGACCCCCACCCAUACUGACCACUACUCUACAAGGACCCCCACCCAUACUGACCACUACUCUACAAGGACCCCCACCCAUACUGACCACUACUCUGCAAGGACCCCCACCCAUACUGACCACUACUCUACAAGGACCCCCACCCAUACUGACCACUACUCUACAAGGAUCCCCACUUACCUCUCUGGCUCAGCGACCUCCUAUCUCCCCCCUCUCAUCUGCGGCUAUGGACUUCUUUUGUUGUUGAAUAAAUGGACUUGUGUCUCCGUCUUUCUCUUUUAAUAUCUGUGUUUCUGCUCCUUGAUAGAUAGAUAUAUAUUAUUAUAUUUUCUAUCUAUCCCAUACUGGACUAUAGACCAUAUUAGCUGGAGGCAAAAGGGAUAUUCCAUGAUGUGAACUAAUAACCGGUGCUACAUAUGCUUCACAAAUGUUAGGGUUGUGGUCCAUUCCAUUUCCACUUCAUCAAUAAGCACUAUAUUGGAGUCCACAUAGUUAACAUUUCAAUAAAUAUUCUGUAGAAUGUAGUUGGUUUCAACCCUAUGUGGUGCGUUCGUAAACUGUGUUAAGGACACUUCAGGGAAGGAAUGCAAGGGUCAGGGAAUUUUACUACAUUUCAGAUGUAAUCAUUAAAUAUAAUCAAUCAAUGA